AUGCGGGUCACCGUGAAGACCUUAAAGUGGGAGACCUUCCGGGUGGACGUGGACCCCGAGGGGACGGUGAGGGACCUGAAGGAGAAGAUCGCGGCUGAGAGGGGGGGCGGCGCCUUCCCGGCCGCCGCUCAGAAGUUGAUCUACGCGGGCCGCGACGGCGUCACCAUCACCGUCGGCACCGGCUGCGCCUCGACCACCCAGCCCGGCCCCCGCGACCACUCCGACUCGAGCACCCAGCCCGGCCCCCGCGACCACUCCGACUCGAGCACCCAGCCCGGCCCCCGCGACCACUCCGACUCGAGCACCCAGCCCGGCCCCCGCGACCACUCCGACUCGAGCACCCAGCUCGGCCCCCGCGCCGCAGCCAGCUCCCCAGCCAGCACCGGGGGGGCCCAGGCUGCGGCUCCGACGGCCGCCCCGGCGUCCGCGGCCCCCGCUCGGCGGCGGGAGAAGCCUGCCGUCCAGCCGGCGGGGACGGCGGGGGCUCGGAGCCCCGCACCCACCCGCGGCGCCGCGGGAGACCCCCCCCUGCCCUCGCUUCUGGAAGCGGCCCUGCGCCGGCUGGAGCUUGCCAUCGGCCAGACUUUUGAAAACAUGGAGCCCGAGGGCGCGUCCGUGGGCUGGGCGGGAGAGAGGGCCGUCGUAGCCCCGAGAGCCGGUUUCCACCCCGACGGGGCGGCGGGAGGCCCUCCCCCAGCGGGCCGCCCUGGGCCCCCCGCCGCCUCCGCCGGGCCCCGGGGCCGCCCCGUCCAGCGCCCGCCGACCCGGCCCCUGUUGCAGCAGAUGCAGCGGCGUUUUCAGCAGGAGGCCUCCCUGCUCCAAGCUCUCCUCCAGCAGCCGGGCCCGGAGGACCCUCCAUCCGCCCAGCGACUCGGACAGCCCCGGGGGCCGUUCACCCGGACGCCCAGGGAGCCCGCCCAGGAAGCCGCCGGGAGGACGGGGAGGACGGGAUCCGGAGCCGGGCGCCCCAGCCGCCCACAGCCAGCGCCCGAGGAGGAGGCGGCGGCUGUCCACCGCCUCCGGGCCCUGGGCGUCCCCCGAAGACUGGCCAUGCAAGCUCAUCUUGCUUGCGAGAAGAAUGAGGAUUUGGCCGCCGAUCUUCUCCUACAGGAGAACUUGGAUGAAGACUAA